AUGGGCGAAGGCGUUUCCAAUAUACCUGGGGACUCCCACUCCAUAAGCUCAUAUCGGACAGUCUUGAACGAGAUCCCGGCAAAACUGACACUCGCCCACAUCCGCAUGGAGGACUAUGAGCUCCAAGAUCUUCAACUGACUGAAGCAUCACAUUCGUUAGCUCUGGCCCAGACUUUGAACGACUGGGCAGGAUUUGCUCUCGAGUGCACUUCUACUCAGCAAGCAGACCGAACCAAUUACCUGCUGGCUUACCUUGCGAGUAUCGAAGUGCCUGUGAUCCUUGUCUGUCAACACGACUGCGAGGCUAUUGACGAUGUCGACCUGUCGAUCGCCUCAGGUCUUAUCGUGGAAAAUGCGUGCAUACUUUCCAACGGUCAGCGACGCGACUACUUCAAGGCGCGAAGACUUAGAGAUACAAUGGCUAGAUGCACCCUGCAACGAGACAAGCGACCGGACUUCUUUGUUGGGUUUCUAGACCGUUGGGAGACGCAGCCCAUGCCAUCUGUUGUUCGACGUGCUGCCAAGAUAGCCCAACAUUUUGAUGCAGUCAUAGAGCAUGGCCCUAUUGCUCCGACUGCGAGUGGCAAGGCAUCCUCUUUGGAGAGCGCGAGCAAGACCAUGAGUGCCUUUGAGUAUCUACGACGCGCCGAGAUGGUUGAAUUGCAGAAAUGUUGGACAUCUGGAGAACGCAAGAUAUGUUUCUCGAAUGGUCCCAAUGACUCCAACAUUCUGCCGCUCUCGUUGGCUGUCCUCGGUUCCAUCAUCCCCGAAGCUACAGAGCUUCUCUCACAUUCUGAUACUAUUUCGGGUCCUGGUUCUAUCUGGGAUGGAUGCUUAGCUGUUGAUGGUCUGCCAAACCUUUCACAAAGAAUCCCAACAAGAAGUAACGUUUGGGACUAUGGCAAUAGAAACACACCGCUUUCGUCACUUGGCUGCUUCCCACUUACCUCUGAGCCGACUAGAGAGCAUUUUGAUGCCGUCGUACGGACCCAGACCCAUCUAAAGGAGCUCGGUAUGCUGCAAGUACUCGAGGGCCCCGAUGAGCAGCGCCUGUUAGAGUCACUGAGAUGCUUGAUCAGUCACAGAGAGGGAAAUUCCCCUAUAACGAGUAUCGUUAAAGAGCUUGUCUGCGGGCUGCUGACCAGACGCAUUCAAGUCUAUAAGGGUCUCAAAACUGGCUUUCGAGUACCUCGUGCGGACGUAAGCUUCUGGGGUGUUUCAAAGGAUAUCCAAGGCGCACAACUCACCGAGAUAUACAUUUCUCUCUCUUCUCCUUCCGACGCGGCCGUGGUCUUACAUACCUGGCUGGCUUGCAAAGGUGUUUCUCGCGCAGAGCGGUUCGAGGAAGAAAGUCAACUCGAGCAAGCCAACGGUGGUCAAGACAGCAACCGAGUCCCUGCCACUAUCCGAGAAUCCAUCCAUGAGGCAACUUAUGCGGAACUUCUCAGCCUCACACAGAGACUCGGAAACACGCAAGCUAGCAACACCAUCCUUGAUGCCAUCAAGGAUCUUUGCCGCACAAUGCUCAUCGAUGAAACGACACGUGGAGCAUGGAGGCGGAGCUGUGCUCUAGCUGCUCUUGAUGACUCGUUGAGUAUGCGGCAACUGUUGGAGCAGCGACUCCAGUACCUUGUAACCCUGGGUUACAAGAGAUUGCCCAGCCUGGAGAACCUCUGUCGUUUGCACGAGUUAACUAGGCACCUUGUUGACGAAGCAUUUCUGCUUGGGGACAAUCGUGUACUGAGACAGCUCAUGCAGACUUUACAGUCAUCUUUCGGCACUUCCAAGUCUCAGCAUGGACGUCUUUCCGUGGACAUCAACGCCGAUCUCUUUGCUCUUAUAGUAUUCACUGUGUUACGCAGGGCGGCAUUCGAAGACGUGUACAUGGAAACCACAGACAGAUGUCCUCUCUUCCUCUCUCAGCCAGAUCAAGCCGCCGUCUUCUCUGAACUCUGGGUUUUGGGAUCCCAGUGUGAGAUCUACUUCGACCUCUACCCCCGCGAUAUUGGAAGCGUCAUCUAUUCCCGUUACAAUCUUUUUCUCCAAGUUGAUCCUCCACCUGCAGACUACAGAAGAGGCAACGAGAUCAUGACCAUGUACCCAACCUCUGACGAGACUCCACCAGCCAGCAAGGUCUCUGCUGGUAAUGUUACGCUGACAAGCCAUGAGAAACUGAAGCUCUGGAAGAAGAAAUUCGCUGAUGCAGGCGCCAUGUCAAUCUUUUGCCUCCCUGCAAUUGUCGACGUAACCAUGCUCACCUUCAUUGGUCGUGGCUGCUUCAUGACAGCAUUUAUGGACCCCGACCAUCUCGAGGUCGCUGGGUAUGCUCUCUUAGCAUCGAUGCUGCUGACAGCUGGUGUCACGGGAUGGGUCGGUAGCGUGGGGCAUUAUUACAUGGCACAUUAUGCAUACGACAACAUGAUUUACUUUCAUGUUCAGAGACUGUCGGGUGGUUUCGUGCUGACGCUUGUCAUCGCACUCUGUGGCCUUGUUGCCUUCUCUCUGCAAAGAUCCGUCAGCGCAGGUUUUGUCUUUGUCGCUUAUAUCGUAUGUAUCGCUACAUACUGUAACAUCCUGGGUGUUAUGAGCACGAUGCAUCUGCAUGAAUCACCUUUGUCGUCUGGCCGAAAGGUCAUUCUGCAGACCCUACCUAUCCUCCUGCUCUCCCCACUCAUAUCAACCUUUGUCAACGGCCAUGACUUGGAGAUAUAUCUCCUUAUCAUGUACACCUUCUUGUUGAUCGUGUUGUGGCGUUACCGACGAUUAUGUCAAGAGUGGUCGGGCUGGAUGGAUAACAUCCCCAAGUUUACCAGCAAAGACGUCUCGGAAUGGUACUCAAUGAGGGCUGUUGACGAGAAAAAAGUCUCGAACGGGGAUUCGGAAAAGACACCGGAUAGUGAGAUGUCCCAGAAGGCAUUCGCAGCUGCAGUUACUGCUUACAUCCGUCAUACCCAGGAAGCAAAGGUAUCGGGUUUUAUGUCUGACCCUUUGGUUCGUCGCGUGUCCGAGGGAAUGUCUUUUAUUGAGUGGCUCCUCAAAAAGACGUCUGCCGGCAAAGCACCUCCUCCAAAGUUCACAACUGCAUGGUUCACCCAGCUUGACGAAGCUAUCAACCAACAACAACAAUUAAGACGUGGACUCAAACAGCACAAUUCUUUUAUUUUAUUCCGCCUCGCGCGACAUGACAUCGGUCAGAACCUCGGUCUAUUCCUCAUUGCCCUGAUGGACCGCUGGAUAAUGAUGGCCAUGAGUGCUCGACAGCCAUAUCCCAGCAUAUACACGGACAGCCGCAGUAGGUACGGUAUCUGGCUGGCCAUCGUCUACUUUUGUUUGUCUGCUAUGAUUCUCGACGCAACGCUCCAAAAGUACUGGAGUCAUCGUUACGAUGUCUCCCACGAGAAGAUGUCAGGACUUGAAGAUGCUGAGCGCAUUGAAAGACAGGACGAAAGCCGACGUCGAGGACUAAUCGUCAAGGCCGCCGCAGAUGUCUUUUCGAAAUUGACAGUCUUUUUUGGUUGCACCACUAUCCUCCUUUGGCUUUUCGUGGAGAGUUCGGAGACUAUCAUUAUCUACUUCAUGUAUGUGUUCGGCUACUCGAGCGCAAUUGUCUUCCAGUUCAACCGCUGCUUUACCACCAACAUUAGCUCUCACAUCACCGUGAUGAUGGCUUCAGCUGCAGUGGGCUUUAUAGUUGGCUGCCUUCUUCAUGCUAUCCCAGCAACUGCGGGGUUUCUGUAUACGGACGUCCUCGCGCAGAAUCUGGCUGCUCUUCUAGCUGCUAUUGGGACAUCCUGGUUUGCAUGGGAAGUCGAGACCAGGACUAACGUUGUGGCGUCUACUCAAGAUCACGAUGAUAACAAACGCAUCAUUGUUCAAAAGAAGAUCACUGUUGACUGUACUGAGGACAUCAAAGUCUCCGCAACUAUUGCUCACAAUGUUGUUGCAACUCGCACGAUACAAUACGGUGACGGGUCCAGAGGGGCCGACAAACUCGGAGAGCUUUUGCAGAACAGCGUACGAGAUCCAAACUAUCAUACUCACGCUACCCAGUGGUCGGUUAGACUUCUUCACAGAGCAGAGGAUAUGUGGCAGACCCAAAAGGUCACCCUGACGACAUCUACUAGCGAAUCUUUCUAUCAAAACGGCCUCGACAAGGUAUCUUCAUUCAGCUACUCCAAGUCUGGAGUUCUGCAUGUUGUUAUUGGUCUUUUGGGCGAGACUGAUUGCACAUUGCCUGCCUGGGAGCCCACAGUCUCUGUUGUGGCAUGUGAAGCCUUGCUACACCACGUGGCGCGGUCAGAACUGAGUUUGUCCUCCGCACAAGCAGUACAGGCCGAGCAUUUCGUCCACGAUACAGAGUCUCUCAGCAAGCGCUAUCAGAUGGAGCUGGCGUCACAGGACCAUGCGAGCUUGAGUUGUCUUGCUUUGCAGACAGAAGUGAAAGUGAUGGAGCUUCUCUGUCUCAACAUUGAGGUAAAUUCCAAGUGGGAGAGUAUUCCACAAACUGUCCGGGAGAUGAUACUCAAUCGUGUUUCUGGAAACCAGCAAUCUAUGUCGAUCCAAGUCGGCGAAUGGGUAGCCGAGCAGGGCAUUGAUAUUCAAAACGUCGACUUUCAACUUGGUCUCACACUACACAUACAUUGCCAGUGUGAGGAGAACCUUAGAAGAAUUUCCCAACCUCCAAGAUGGCUCGAGAAGCCAGCCCUUUUCUCGGAGCUUCGUGUUGCCACUCCCUUGUCUACUCAAAAGAAACCUUCGUUACGCACUGCUCUCAGGUGGCUGAAAGUAACUUCUUCAUCAGUGGUCAAAUGGACUGCGAUUAUCUCUGGUGGUGGUUCCAGUAUUGAGAGGGAACUAUCGUACCUCUUGAGUGAUGUCCCUCUCAGGGGCUUGCUACUUUGGCUUGCUCUCCUUACAUGGAAGGCUUGCCGUUUGAUGGCAAACUUUUGGAUCUACUGGCUUAUCAUAUACAACAAGCCUGCUCUUGUCAACAUUGCUCGUCUCGCCAAGAAGGGAGAGCGACGCAAGAUCAAACUCAACAGAGGAGCCGUUGUCGUUGAACAACCACGAGAAACUCUGACUGGAUUUGUAUCGCAAGGAGACGAUAGCUAUAUGACUCUCACUUUCCACAAGGGGUUACUGAAGGAAGGCCCACAAGGACAAUCUCCCGCAUUCUUUACAACCUAUGAUCAGCAUAGUCGUCUCCAAACUAGAGUUGAGCAGGGCCACUCACGUACUGCUACCUACACUUAUGCCGAGAACACAAUGUCUCGUCAACCCGUCAUCAUUGAGGCCACGAGGGAUAAUAUCCUUACCUUUGGAUACUAUGAUCAGUACGGAAGAGUUGCCAGGGGAACCAUUUCGACCACCACUGAGAACAUUGGUUUCCAAUACCAUUAUCGCAACAGGCCCAAGGGUAACGCCGACUUACUCCGUGCCGAUUACACCUCGAUGCGCUCUCCAAGCGGAAACUCGCUAUCCGUCUUCUGGGGCAAGCCGGUUGAUCCAGAACGCUACGACUGGGUGCCAUCCAAAUUCAUCCAUCGUAUCGUCCAACAUAUAGAUGGAAAGGUGUAUGUUACUGAGUAUGACUACCAACAUCGUCGUGACCCUACGAUCGUUACAUAUAUGCAGAGCGAUGACGGCACCAAAACCGCGAUUGCCAAGCGGCCACAAAUAUUUGAGGUCGAAGAAGAGCUUCUAAAGCGACCUGACAACUUGUCCUUCGACUCUGAAGAUAUUCUAUAUCACUACAGCGUUACCCAAAUCAAGCAGCUGCGACGCAGAGCGAGCAAUGCACCUACAUGGUCGACCUACUUUAAUCCCGUCUUCUGGAUCGCGCAAUGGAACAGGCGUGUAUACAAAAGUGUGCCAACUUGGCGCGUGCGAACAGAACUAUGGAAUCACUGGAAGAGAAACAACAAUCUCAACGCUUCUACGGCUUGCUGGGUUGACGAGGUUAUCCUCCGCGAGGAACCAUCACUCCGAAAGUACUGGCGAGCUAGAGACAGCGGACAGUUGGACAAGGCCUGUCAGGCACUCGAUGAAGAUAUUGACCAGAUUGUUUCAGCGAUUGGCAUGGAGACGGAUGUAGCUGAGAUCAGUCUGCUUGCCAUCAAGACCGCUGAUCUUUAUGCCAUGGGUCUUGGAAACGACGCGAAUCCUAUCACUACACAGCCGCAGAACUGCUACAAUGAUACGGAAAGCCGCAUCUCGGUGAUUUUCAACGACAUCGGCUGUUGGCCCAUCUCUCCCGGUGGUGUAUCUAAUUGUCGACGCGAUCUUGUCAACGGGCACAGCACAAUUCGGAACCACGUGCUUGCCGAAUGCGCAAAUGACUUCGGCAUACCCCGUUUCCAAGUCGAGAAGAACGUGCAGUCUAUGAAACUUCUUCCUCUCUGGGGUCUUGAUGGCAACACGGCUAACCAUGGUGUUAUCAACAACUUGCUCGAGUCAACCGUCGAUGAAAAGAUCGCAGGGACUGAUCUCCAGGCCGAUGUUGUAGGCACCUUCGUCCCUCUUCUCACAGAAUUUGUGAAAGGUGCCAGGACAAAACGGUACUCCCGAGCGGAUCUCGUUAAGUAUAGUAACGUCAUGUUAUCAAUGGGCAAGUUCUUCGAAAGCAAGGAUUAUGGCACUACGUGGAGGUCCAGCCAAUUCCAACAAGCUUGGAUGAAAGCAUGGUUGAUUCCCUACAACGACCCCAAUAUCACCAGCGCCUCAGAGUGUUUCAAGAUGGAACAGCCUAGCAUGUCUGACUUUCAAGAUGCAAUGGGUAUUUUUAUGGCAUAUUUGUUCAUCUACGCCGUUCAAGUACCAAACGAUUGCCCUCGUGUUUUCCAGAGCACUCAUCAUGGUAUAAGUAGUUUGUACGGCAUGGUUUUGCAAUGCAAACAAGAUGUCACCUUUGGUAUUUGGGAUCAUGCCAUCUAUUGGCGCGAGACAUGUUUGAACAUUAGCCCGGCACAAUGCGAGCUCCCACUGUCUGUGCAGUCUAUGUUGCUUGCUGGCAUCAACAUGGCAUCUCGUCUUGCCUACUUCCACGCCGACGUCAUCAUGCCUUGCGCAUCUGUCUUCAACCCCAUGUGGGAGAUCGAGAUGGGCACAGAUGGCGGCUCGGUUGGCAGCAGGAAGUUAUUCAAGCGAAAGGUCGACCCUAUUGUCAACGGCAUCAGCGACAUGGAUCGCUUCACACCAGCGGAAAAGGUCCGCACCGAAAGACCUACAGUGGUGAUGCUUUCUAAUGUACAGUUUAUCAAAGGCGUCAAGAUCGCCAUUCAAGCUGCCAACAUAAUCAUCAACCAACUCGGCUUCGAGGAUUACCAGCUCAUUGUCUAUGGCGCUAAGGACCGACAGCCUAGCUACUGCAUCGAGAUGGAAAAGCUUAUAAUAGAGUCUGGCUUGUUUGGCAAGGUCGUGUUGGCCGGAUUCGGCGAUCCAAAAGUUGUCCUCCAAGAUGCAUGGCUGUUCAUGAACUCUUCCAUGUCCGAAGGUCUUCCGCUGGCCAUCGGCGAGGCAGCUCUGGCAGGCGUACCGAUCGUUGCGACAGAGGUAGGAGCGACUGCGUUGGUUCUUACAGAUCCCAAGAACCCAGAGCAGCAAUACGGAGAGGUCGUGCCCCCGAAUAAUCCCAUGGCACUUGCACGUGCUCAGUUAAGUAUGCUAAGUAUGGUCGGACCAUGGUCAAAGUUUACUGGGGAUGACCAGGAGAAACCCCCAGUGUUACCAGAUGAGAUUUUGCCAGAACACGUCAAGUGGUUAACCAGUCGUUUCUAUGAGAAGGCAAGCGAUAGGCGGAAGCUAGGACUGCUUUCGCGUGAAGUGGUCUUGCAGAGCUUUCAUGGAAGUCGCUAUCUAAGAGAGCAUGAGCAGAUGUACUGGAUCCAGUGGUAUAUGUCUAAGAUGAGGAAGGAAAACGACCUGGAUAAUAUGUGCUUUAAGUUUGGAAGUUUCAGGCCGCUACAUUAUAGUGAUGGUAAUGUAAAAGAGGCAAAGGAGAAGUAG